CGCGCAUCAACGCGACCACGAAUACGGCUUGUAUACAACGUCAAAGUGUAUAGAAACUUUCUGCUGAAAUUGCCGAAGGGACAAUAUACAUUGAUAGGGCGUAAAGAGAAUUGAUUCGCCGUCUCUUCUGAAAAAGUUGAUCCAAGAUAAUAAAGACAUAUUGAUUAAAUGUGAAGUGUUAGACAGGAGACUUCUUCAGAUGGAUGAUUUUUUACGUCAAUGUUUUUGAAAAUCGAAGGCGGAUAAUAAGCUGGAAUACUUCCACUACUACCAGUGGCAGCAGUGGGACGAUACCCUGUUUCUUUGAAGUUUUCAACAUGCAGUUACACCUGCCGUGAAGUCAAUGCAUCGAACGUGAACGACAGAAUUUCACUCUCAUCCAGCCUCAUGUAUAGUGUUGAAUAUUGAAUAACCUUGGAACACACUUUGGGAAUUCAUUUUGUCUAAAUCAGUUUACUUUUGGAAACCAAGCGCUUUCAAUUAUUGUAAGCCUAAUUUAAAAAAAAAAAGACCCAGAGCAGAGGAUUAAAAUGUUUUCGUUAUGAGGACCAGAUCAUUGCACUCGAUCGUAUAUCAGUAUGGAAUCAGAAAUUGUAUGUGUGUUAAUGCAUGUUAACAAAUUAAUUUUAAUUCAUGUUGAUUCUUGAUCGAACAUAAGUAUAACAACGUUUCAUAAGGUUGCUGUUUUCCAUUGACAAAGUAAAUUUAAUUGCUGCCAGAGACUGAUUUGAUAUCAAGAUGUCAGCUGGCGCUGGAAGCAGUUUUCGUGCGGCCAACAAUGUCCUACAGAAGAAAUGGAAUCAGAGGACAUAUCAGAUGCAUGUAGCAAAGAAAAAUGGCAUGAGGACCAAGAUCGAUGCCACCUCUCCCAAGGUCUACCCCCAUCUACAGGUUAACAUGAAGAAGUUGCAGGCUGAAGAAGAGAAGCAAGCCCAGAUUGAUCAUGAGAAUCGCAUCUUAUUAGCAAAGCUGACAAACAUCAUCAGAUCUGGUGGCCAAAUUGAUAACUGGAAUUUUGAAUAUGAAGCCCAACCCAAAACGUUACAUGCUCCAUAUAAGAACAGAGAACAGGAGAGAAUAGAUCGAGAAAAUGCUUUAUUACUUAAACGUCUUAAUAAUGUGAAACCUCAAGUUAAUUUUGACAAGAUGGAGGACGACUACCUCAUGCAUAACUACUUCCUAGCUCAGAAGGCGCAGGCCACGAAGAACUAUGAGGUGGACCUCAGAGGUGUUGAUGAACCUGAUAAAUUUGUCUUCUAUGCUAAGGACAGGCAUGCCAACAAAGAGAAAACUUUUGUUGAUGGUGACAUUGAAGAGACGAUAGAGGAGCCAGUAGAAGGAGAAGUCAGAGAAUUAACAUCAGCCAAAGUGGGUGUUUCAAAGAGAUUAUCGACAAGACAGCAACUCAAGAGAAGAUCCACAAAACUUCCUUUGAUUGGACCAGAGAGGAAAAAGGCUGAGGAGAAGAAAAAGAAAGACUCGGUGGUUAGGAUUGCAACAUACAAUCAGAAGGAGGAAGCUGCAAAACUCUUCAAAGCAACAAAGGGAAUGGGUAAUCCGGAACAGAUCUUGGUUCAGACAUUAGCCAAACGUCAAUAUCAACAGCGACAAGACACCAUGAAGAAGUUUGAAGAAAAUUACGGUCUGACCUUGGAGGAAGAGUUGAAGAAUAACCUGAAUGCAGAGUAUGAUGAUAUCGUUGAAGCCCUCCUAACGACCAGAGAAGAAUUGGAUGCCAUGACGAUACGAAGAGCUCUCAAGGGUGAUGAUUCAUUAGUCGAACCUAUUAUUGAGGUACUCUGCACAAGAAGUAAUUCUGCUAUUGGUUUAAUUAGAGAAGCGUACAACAAGUUGUAUGGUGUCACCUUAGAAGAUGACAUUACUGCAGAAAUAAAAGGCAAACUCAAGAACUUAUUUUUGGCUCUUUCAAAGGGUGUUAGAGUAGAGAAUGUUGAUGUGGAUGAUGAGACUGCUUUACGAGACGCUGAGGCACUCCGGGAUGCGGGAGAUGAAAGAUGGACACCCAGGAGUGAGAAGAUGUCUGAACUUCUCCAAUCAUCCAGUCUGCUUCAUUUCAGGGAGGUUCUCUUGCAGUAUAAUAAACUAACCAACUCAAAUCUGGUAAAAGAAUUAGAAAAGUCACUCUUUGGGGAUUUUAGAGAUGCAAUGCUCUGUCUAGUGAAAUGUAUGAAUAGCAAUACUCAAUUCCUUGCUGAACGUAUCCAUGCAUCACUGACUGGAGAAGCAGAUGACAUGACACUCAUUAGAAUCAUCAUCACCCGAUCAGAGCUGGACCUUCCAUACAUCAGACGGAGUUACAAAAAACUAUAUCAGCAGACCUUGAUGGAAGCGAUUGAACAGAAGUGCAAAGCCUCCUUCAAGAUGGCCCUGGUCCAGAUGGUCCAGGUCCAUGGAGCAUUUCAAAAACAGGACCAAACUAAAGAAGAGGAGCCAGGAGGAUCUGACUCACAAGAAGCUGAAAAGCAGACUGGUGGACCUCCUAAACCUUCCCAGCAGAGGCCCUUGAAACGCCCUACACCUAACACCGGUGCCAAGGUACCUGCCAGUAACCCCCUAGUGAAGAGUACCAUAAAGAGCAAUGACACCAGAAAGGGCACUCCAGGUUCUCCAAAUAGAUCAGCAGGUGCAAAGUCUAAACAGACUACCAACUCUCCUGGAAAUUCUGGAAAGUCCAGACAAGCUCCUGGAACCAAGACUGGAGUAGGGGCAUCGGCCAUCAGCAGGAAAACCACAACACCCCCACGAAAGGCGACUCCACCCAAACCAGCCAAACCCUCAAAAGAAACCUCAAAAGCACAACCACCGACCAAGAAGAAGGUGGAGGAGAAAUCAACUACUGAAAAGGAAGAUCAAGCCAAGAUGGAUGAAGAGAAGGAAGAGAAGAAAAUGGAGAAGGAUGAGGAGUCCCAAGGAGAGGCAUCUGCAGAGAAAGAGACUCCUGAGAAUGCACCCACGGAAGAGGGUGAGAAGGGUGAAGAUGAAAAUGAUAACAAAGAUGGGAUGGAGAAAGAGGAAAAACCAGAGGAGAGGUCCGAAGCAGAGAUGAAGUCUCUGAGUGCUACAGAACAAACAUCAGAGGACAUGUCAGCAGAGAGUGAAGUGAAAGAAGAGGUGAAGGAGGAAGAAGGUAAAGUGGAAGAAUAUGGAAAGGAGAUUGAGAUGAAACCCAAAGAGGAUCAAGAGCAAGGAACUUUAUCAUGAUGAGCUGCAUAAAGAAUUUGAAAUUAUUUAUUUAAAAACUAUGGAAAGCCAUCACAUCCAUAUCUAGAAUGUAUGUGUUGCUGAAUGAAGUAACCUUCAGAGAGGUGUAUUGCUCCUGAAAUGACAAAUUAUGUAGCUCAAAAUUGAAAUAUCCAACAAAGUUACAAAGCAUUGAUGCCAUAACACCGGAAAUAACGAGAGUGGUUUCUUUGGGAUGAUGUUGUAUCUUCAUUUUGUAAGAUAGAGAGAGACCUUAGACAGGAUAUAUCUUGUGUUCAGUAGGUCAUCUGUUUCUUCACAGUAAAUAAGUGAUUUUGAGAUAAGAGUUAUAUUAACCCAAGCAAUACUAUGCACUAGCAAUCCCACCAAUCAGCAUGCUUUUUUUGUUUACAAAGUGCCCUUACAUCUGCAUUUGAUUGACAAAAUAUGACCUAUCUAGCAUUUCUUAGUUAGAAUUCAUAUUUGAAUAUCAUAAUAAAGUAUAUAAAAUCCCAAAUCAUUGCUGAUUCUGGACCAGAAUCUGUAUUCAGGUUAACAAUAUCCUUGUAUGUUUAACCUAAAUUAUAGAUGAUUAUCCAUUUUGAGUAAUUGUGUCGUAAAGAGAUCAUACAAUGCACAGAUAUUAACCCCUCAGAUAUAUAUCUAGUGAUUCUAUACAUUAUGUUGUGAUUUUAUUUAUUCACUAAAAAAAAAAAUAUGUUUAUAUCUUACUCUUUCUCUUACUCUCUCUCUUUCCCUCCUUCAUUCAUUAUGGGUAGUGCAAAUAGAUACCUUUCUGAAUUUUGUUAAGAUGCAUAUAUUUUUUUAUUUUUCACAUAUUCAUCUUGACCAUCUCCAUAGAGCCUUAUUAUGUUUAUAUAUAUAUUGCUUUCUGUUCUACAGGUGUAUGAAUGCAUAUUUGUUGUUAUUUUUUGCAUUAUGACAAAUUAAUGUUCUAAAGACAAUAUAUCCAUGAUUGGAUUUAGUAAAAAAAAAUCAGAUCUUGGAAAUUAUAACAGAGGUAUUCUUAAAUCAAUUAUUUUGUUGAGGCAUGUCUCAAUUUAAAAAUAAAAAUGCCUCACCUGGAUCUAAGUGGCAGCUUGUCAUUGUUCAAAACUCAUCUACACCCGACAUCUGGAUUUAUUUUUAAUCCAUGAAAUUUAGAGAGUAGACUUUCAACCUGUCUUCAUCAUUGGAUAUCAAUAACAGAGAUUUGAAGCCUUAAGGCCUAUACAUUUAUAAUCAUUUUUUUUAUGUCACAAAUAAAUUUUAAGAAUAUUUGAUUUAGGAUCUUGAAUAAUUCAACUUGUAAUCCGUAUGUGGCUCUUGAUAAAGUUUAGCUUUAUCAAGAAAUUCUGUAUGAUUGUCAUACAAGUCUUCAAUAUGACUUAAGUGUCCUUAACUCAUGAAAUACAAAGUAUUUUUAUGAUCUGGCAGAAAUGUAAUUUUUAUUUGUAAAAAACUGUUGAUAUGGAGUAUACACUGUCAUGUAUCACUGUGUGUUAAUCUUGUGAUGCAAAUUUAUAUUUUGUACAUGAAAAUUUACACAUGCACCAAUUUAAAAUUGAUGAUUUAUUUUUAUUGCCUUAUACACUCAUCAUGAUCAUGGCCAUUUUUCAAAUUAUUUCAAUCAAAUCUAAUUUGAUAAUGUAUGUAUUGCUUUGAUCACCAUUUUGUAAUGUUGUAUCAUACUACAUGAACUUUAAAUUUUAACUUAUUGUAUUUUGUAAAUAAAUAACAUGAAUAAAAAAGAAUUGUUAGUGUUUCAU